GGCGCGCCAAACGAACGACGACGGGUCGCGCACUACGAGUAGGGCGCUGGUCAGCUCCGAAACCCCGAAGAGAAGGAAGAAGAAGAAGAAGAUCGUAGAAGAAAGUGGGACUGGACUCAACGACGAUUGAGACCGAGGCGACUUUGCCAGUGGCGAACAGGAAGACUGUCACAAACGGAGGGUGCUCGAACUGAGGAUACGCGAAAGGACUAGGGUCCUGCAAAGUACGAAAAGAGCUAGACUAUCGCUAAAAAGAAGCAGAGGACGAAGCGAGGAAGAUGUCGUCUUCAGCGGUUGCCAAGACCUCCAAGUACACGUACCGCUCUACAGGCGGUGCGGGUACCGCCGAUGUUAGCAUCGAAUACAGCGCCGACCUGAGCGCUCUUAGCAGACUCGAGGACAAAAUCCGCCUACUGCAGGAUGACCUGGAGUCUGAGAGGGAGCUGCGUCAGAGGAUCGAACGCGAGCGCGCUGACUUAAGCGUGCAAGUCAUCCAGCUAUCCGAACGUCUCGAAGAAGCUGAGGGUGGCGCCGAAUCUCAAUUCGAGAUUAACAAGAAGAGGGACACGGAACUGGCCAAACUGCGCAAACUACUCGAAGAUGUCCAUCUUGAGAGCGAGGAGACCGCACAUCUCUUGCGUAAGAAGCACCAGGAAGUCGUCGUUGAUUUCCAGGAUCAGAUUGAUCAGCUCUCAAAAGCACGUGCCAAGGCUGACAAGGAAAAAUCUAAAUUCCAGCAGGAAGUGUAUGAACUCCUCGCUCAACUUGACAGUGUUACUAAGGAAAAGUUCCUGUCAAUAAAAACAGUCGAGAAACUCGAAAUUCAUGUAUCUGAGUUGAAUGUCAAAAUCGAGGAAUUAAACCGUACAAUUGUUGACAUCACCAGUCACAAAACUCGGCUAUCUCAAGAAAACAUCGAAUUGGUCAAGGAAGUACAAGAUCUCAAGGUGAAUAUCGAAAACGUUACUUACUUGAAGACGCAAAUCGUGGGUCAACUCGAAGAUGCCCGCCGUCGUCUUGAAGAUGAGGAACGUCGUCGCUCGUUGGUGGAGGCUUCAUUGCAUCAGGUCGAGGUGGAAUUGGAGUCUGUCCGCGUCCAGCUCGAGGAAGAGUCUGAAGCGCGUUUGGAUAUCGAACGUCAACUGGUCAGGGCUAAUGGAGAAGUGUCAGUAUGGAGAUCAAAAUACGAAACCGAGGCCAAUGCUCGCGCCGAAGAGGUAGAAGAACUUCGCCGCAAAUAUUCCGCUCGCAUCCAAGAACAAGAAGAACAAAUUGAAACCUUACUUGUGAAGAUCAACAAUCUUGAGAAGCAGAAAUCGCGCCUGCAAUCCGAAGUAGAGGUUCUGAUCAUCGAUUUAGAGAAGGCCAAUGCAACUGCUCGCGAACUUCAAAAACGCGUUGAACAUCUCGAGAAGAUUAACAUAGAACUGAAAACUCGCUUGGAUGAAUCUCUCGCCUUGUAUGAGCAAAGCCAACGCGAUCUCCGCAACAAGCAACAAGAACUGCAACGCGUAAAUGCCGAACUCGACAAGACCCGAGAAUUGAAAGAUCAACUGGCCCGUGAAAAUAAGAAACUUGGAGAUGAUCUUACCGAUGCUAAGAAUCAAUUGGCUGACAUGAACCGUAGACUUCACGAAUUGGAGCUGGAACUCCGCCGACUGGAGAACGAACGCGAAGAAUUAGCUGCCGCUUACAAAGAAGCUGAAGCAGGCCGCAAAAUAGAAGAGCAACGUUCUCAAAGAUUGUCAGCUGAAUUGAGCCAAUUACGUCACGAGUACGAACGUCGCAUUGCUGAAAAGGACGAAGAGAUUGAAAUCAUUCGUAAACAGACCAGCAUCGAAAUCGAGCAACUGAACGCCCGCGUAGUGGAAGCCGAAACGAAGCUGAAGACCGAGGUUCAGCGUGUGAAGAAGAAGCUUCAGAUCCAGAUCACUGAACUCGAAUUGACCCUGGAUGUAGCCAACAAGAACAACAUCGAUCUGCAGAAGACCAUUAAGAAACAAUCCCUCACUCUAACCGAACUGCAAGCUCAUUACGACGAAGUACAGCGCCAAUUGCAGGUGACCCUGGACCAACUGGGCAUCAGUCAACGUCGUCUCCAAUCGUUGACAUCCGAGCUCGAAGAGAUCCGCGGCAACUACGAAUCUGCUCUGCGCGCAAAGAGGAUCGUCGAGCAGCAAUACGAGGAAUCGGUCAGCCGUAUUAACGAGCUAACCACGAUCAACGUAAACAUCGCUUCAUCAAAGGCUAAAAUCGAGCAGGAAUUGGCUACACUGGCCGGAGAUUACGAGGAAGUCACCAAGGAGUUGAGAGUUAGCGAUGAGAGAUACCAAAGAGUGCAGACCGAGCUCAAGCACACUGUCGAGAUUCUUCAUGAAGAACAGGAACGUAUUGUCAAGAUCGAGGCUAUCAAGAAAUCGCUCGAAAUUGAAGUGAAGAAUUUGUCUGUGAGAUUGGAAGAAGUCGAGGCCAAUGCCAUUGUUGGAGGCAAGCGCAUCAUCAGCAAGCUCGAGGCCAGGAUUCGCGAUCUGGAACUCGAGCUUGACGAGGAGAAACGCCGACAUGCUGAAACCGUGAAGAUUCUGCGCAAGAAGGAACGCAACAUUAAGGAAGUAAUGAUUCAGGUUGAAGAAGAUUCGAAGAACAUCUCAUUGCUGCAGGAGGCACUCGACAAGACCAACCAGAAAGUCAGCAUCUACAAGAGACAGCUGCAGGAGCAGGAGGGCAUGUCUCAGCAGAGCGUCACCAGGGUCCGCCGAUUCCAGAGAGAACUCGAGGCCGCGGAAGAUCGCGCCGACACGGCGGAGAGCAACUUGAGUCUGAUCCGCGCCAAACACCGCAGCUUUGUCACCACCUCAACUGUGCCCGGUUCCCAGGUGUACCUCGUCCAGGAGACGAGGCAGGACAUCUCCUAAGCCACUAUCGUCAUCGCAAUACCUUACCCUUGCCAAUUCGAACGUCGCGUCGUCACCUUUAUAAAUGCGCCAAGAAUAUACUAUAACGAAAAAAAGAAAAAGACGCGACAUCAAUCAUCAUAAGAGCCGAGAGUUUUCAACGGGCCGCACGGUGUGUUGUUUUCGAGAAGUUAAAUUGGAGCAAUCAAGAUAUGUGCCUAUAUAUUGAUGCGAAUGCAGUACUUACCGUCACACGUAACGACCCGUCGUAAAUUCCAAAUUGCUUGGCCAAAGAGAGGCGAUACGUCGUAACGUUAAAAUAAAAGAAAAUUAAUGCUCAUUAUUUAAGAGAUCCGCGCAAAAUAUCGAAAUCGAAAAAUCAUAUCAUUCAAUGAGUGAACAAUCAAAUCUAACCAUCUUCUCGUCCCAAUUUUGUGCUUACAAUUGAACAUAACGGCAGAAAAAAAUGUGGAUAUAAGAAACACGAGAAGAGGGCAAUGGCAAUUAUGUCAUUCUAUUUGCACGUGUCGCAAUUGUAUUUAAAUGGAUAACUUUAAUUCUAUUCUAUUACUACAUAGAUAGGUAACUAUUGCCCAUAUACACAACUCUCACUGUACAACAUACACAAUAACCUGUGUCAACAUUAAUUUAAUAAAUAAACUGAAAUGCGUACGUACGAA